CACUCAUUUUCUGUUUGUCUGAUAAUUUGACUCCCCUCCUGAAAAAAAUGAGUUCACACCACAGCAGAAUCUGAUUUUGCAUUUUCUUAUCUUUCACUCAUGCAUUAUUUGCAGCAAGUGUUUCACAUUUCUGUUAGAAAUGAGUAUCCAAAACCUAACAAUGCUUAUGCUGAAGGAAAAAUACGAAUUUGUAUCUGAAUUUGAAUGUAAUAGAAUUUCACAAGCCGAAUUUGCAAAACAUGAAAACCUUCCAACAACAACAUUAGUGGGAAUUCUGAAGAAAAAAGAGGAAAUUAAGAAACUUUUCCUUGAGUCUUCAUUGCUGUUAUCUCGAAAAUGCAAGAGAAAGUCGUCAUACAAAGAUGUCGAAGAUGCUCUGGUACAUUGGCUGAAGCAAAUUCGUUCAUUGAAUCCUCCUGUUUCGGGACCGAAACUGAAACACAAAGCAAUGGAAAUCGCUGAAGUACUUGGAGUAGAAACCAAUUUUAGUGCCAGUGAUGGAUGGUCAGAGAGAUACAUUGCCUGUACUGGUACUGUAUAAAGCACUACUGUAUUUUCCCGAUUGUAGUUUUGUAUUUUUCCAACUUUGUUUUAGUAAUCAUAUCACAUAACUCAACACAUUUCCACUUCCCCUGGGGUGUCAACUUAUGAAGACUCAACUAUAUAUAUAAUACAGUGGUGUCUUGACUUACAAGUUUAA